AUGCUGGCAACGGUGCUGGCGAAUAGGAAGAAGUCUGUGAUCUCUUCUGUAGUAGGUCCGACACAGGCAUAUGGCAUUCCUGGUCGGGAUAUCUUAGAUACGAUUUUAACAGUAAAGUAUACGCUACAAGAGAUGCAGAGGGUGGGAGGGAUCUACCUCGGCUUGGAUUUUAACAAGUCCUUGGACAGGGUGGAAGAUGGCUUUAUGUGGGAGGUUUUAGACCGGUUUGGUUUAGGACAUCAAUUAAUACAGUGUCUCAAACUGCUGUACAAUAAUGCACAGGCACGGAUAAGAAGCAACGGAACCGUGAGCAGCCCCUUCCAUCUGGGCAGGUCAAUCUGGCAGGGCUGCCCUUUCUCCGCACUACUCUACAGCCUGGUGGCAGAGCCCCUUGCCAAUGCAUUAAACAAAAACCAGCUUAUAAAAGGAACCGACAGGGCCUCAGGGGCAAAGGUUAACACCAAAAAAUCUAUGGUGAUGUACUGCGGUGAGGAGGUGCAGACGCCAGGCAGGUGGGACUUUCAGCAUGCGGAGCAGAGUGUGAGGGUCCUGGGGGUGCAGCUCGGGGUUAAACAAACAGCUGCGAGGGAUGCUGUGUGGGAGCGGCAGCUCCAGGGAGUGACGACCAUUCUCGGCUUGUGGAGGAUGAGAGAUUUGACUCUGAAUGGCAAGGUGGUGGUCACAAACGCUCUGGUGAUGUCCAGACUCAACCAUGCCAUGGCUGUAUAUGAUCUUCCCUCUGACGUAGUGACCAAGCUGGACAACAGCAGGGUAACCUUUCUGUGGAAGAGUUCAAGGAACCUUGUUGCUCAUAAGACAUUGAUUUGGGAGAGGACAAGGGGUGGCCUAAAUUUGGUGGACCUAAAGUCCAAGAAUUAUGCUUUUAAGAUAAAACUUAUAAGAAAAUUCCUGGACCCCAACCAUGUUGCGGGGUGGAAGGACUUCUUUGGGGAUGUGCUGAGUUCUCUGGGCCCACACGACCAGCUGGGGCGGUGCCAGGUCCUGAAAAAGACCCAUACAGCUGUUUGA